UGUAGUAUUGUUAUCCACCACAAGGGUGCGCACGACGCACAAACCGGAAGCAGGAAAUAGAGUCAACGUCGACCAUGACGUCGAAGUGCGAAAUUCAAACUUCUGUAACAAAACAUCCUGCCAGAGGGCUUUUUUCAUCAAUGUGGCGUAUGGUUGCUAACCGAUUUUUUUUACCUUCUUCCUCUCUCGUUUUCAUACACAUUCAGUGAGGUUGGUCAUCGUGCGGCUGAAGCGGGGAGGAUGCCUGUGGAAAGAACCGAUCAGCACGAACUCUUCAAAUACUAUGAGGUUUAUGAGACUAUCGGCUCAGGAGGCUUUGCUAAAGUCAAGCUGGGUCGACACAUCCUGACAGGAGAGAAUGUUGCCAUUAAAAUCAUGAACAAGAAGGAUCUCGGGGAUGACCUGCCCCGUGUGAAGGUGGAGAUUGAGGCCAUGAAGAACUUGAGUCACCAGCACGUCUGCCGUCUCUACCAGGUUAUAGAGACCUCCACUCAGAUCUUCAUGGUGCUGGAGUACUGUCCAGGUGGGGAGUUGUUUGACUACAUCAUAGCAAAGGACCGUCUGUCAGAGGAAGAGACCAGGGUGUUUUUCAGACAAAUUGUGUCUGCGAUGGCCUACGUGCACAGCCAGGGUUACGCACACAGGGAUCUCAAACCGGAAAACUUGUUGAUUGAUGAAGACCACAACUUGAAGCUUAUAGACUUUGGAUUGUGUGCCAAACCUAAGGGAGGUUUGGGGUUUGAGCUGAAGACGUGUUGUGGGAGCCCUGCCUACGCUGCUCCUGAACUCAUCCAGGGCAAAGCAUAUAUCGGCUCAGAGGCCGAUGUGUGGAGUAUGGGAGUGCUGCUGUUCGCUCUGCUCUGUGGAUACCUACCCUUUGAUGACGACAACUGCGUAGUCCUCUACAGGAAAAUUUUAAGAGGUAAAUAUGAAAACCCCCGGUGGCUGUCUCCUGGUAGUGUCCUCCUCCUCAACCAGAUGAUGCAGAUGGACCCCAAGCGGCGUCUUAGUGUUCGACAUCUGCUUGACCAUCCCUGGGUGAUGAAAGACUACAACAGCCCUGUGGAGUGGCACGCCGACAGCCGGUACACGCACACAUUCAUACAUGAAAACUGUAUCACUGAGAUGGCUGUCAACAUGAAACGGUCAAGAGUGAGCACCACAGCGCUGGUCAAGGAGUGGCGGUAUGACCAGACCACAGCCACCUACCUGCUGCUGCUGUCAAAGAAGCAGAGGGGCAAACCUGUUCGCUUGCGCCUUGAACCAACCGUCUGUGAGGACUCCUGCUCUCCACUGCACCAGGGACUACAGACAAGGGAAGCCCUUCACUUCAGCGAGGAUGAGGAUGCCGUUAUUGUGGGUUCUCUGGAAUUUUGCUCAGACUACAUUGAUGAUUGCCCGUGGGUUUCAGCUACAAACAACAAAGACAUGAGACUGGCAUCUCCUUCAGUGGAGAAAAAGUGUGUUUACAGCCCGUCCCCAGAGAGGGGGCGAACAAUGGCACAGCACCGCCCGGAGAGGAGGGACAGAGACCAGGGACAAACCAGUGAGAACAAGGAGAAUAUUGCUGUGCAGGAGAAAGAUGUCAAAAUAUUUGCAUUGCCUCCUCCUCGAACUCCAGCGUCCAGUAAAAGGAAUGCCCGGCCCAACAAAAAUGUGUUGACCACACCCAAUCAAAAUGCUAAUUUCAAUGGCUCUAAAACCAAUGCAGUCACACCUAAAGGUGGAGGCAGUGCCUCUAAAGAGUCAAAUAAGAAGAGAGCAGCCGAGUUCAAGGAGCUUGCAAACGUUGACCUACUGGCCUUCAGUCCUGAGCGAAGGUCUCGGUCAUUGGACAUGGCUGUUACGGGAGACAGCGAGAAGAAAAAGAGAGGAGGAAAGGUGUUUGGUUCCCUGGAGAGAGGCCUGGAUAAGAUGAUCACCCUGCUCACUCCCAGCAAAAAGCGAGCCCUGCGUGUCGGCCCACGGAAGAUCAAGGCACAGUACAACGUUACUCUGACCAGUCAGACCAACCCCGACCAGGUCCUUAACCAGAUCCUAUCCAUCCUGCCGGAGAAAAACGUUGAUUUCACACAGAAAGGCUAUACCCUAAAAUGUCGGACCUGGGGUGACUUUGGGAAGGUAACCAUGGCGUUUGAGCUGGAGGUGUGCCUUCUGCAAAGGCUGGAGAUUGUCGGGAUCCGGCGCCAAAGGCUGAAGGGAGAUGCCUGGGUCUACAAGCACCUAGUGGAAGACAUCCUUUCCACAUCCAGUAUAUAAGAAAUACACUUUACUAAAAAUGUAAAUGGACACUGGCAUUUUUGUGUCCAAGAAUAAAUUGUCUGAUUAGUGACUGAUGCAAAGAUUUAUACAGGAGGGCGUCUAAGCUUGUUAAUGAUUUGUUCUUUAUUAUACAUAGUGAAUAUUUAAAGUUGUCCUUAGGCCAGCCUGUAAACCCCAGAGUACAUGUUACAUAAAAUGUAUGAGCAUUACAUCCUGUACAGCAUAUCUUGAUUCAUGUAUAGUAUUGCUGUUUUACGUGUGUGCGUGUGUUUGUGUGUCUGUGUGCCUGAUGGAACAAAGCUAUCAGUGGUAAUUACCAUAUUUGUCAUGUUGUUAUUUUCCCCUCUAGUUGUAAUUCCCUUUCAUUAAUGUUUACAAUUCUUCCAUCAUGUUGUUCUUACAAGUUUGCGUUGUAUGAAGUGUUUGCUUUUAUUAUUUUAUUUACUGUCUGUCGCAUUUUGUCUAUAAGAUUUCUACUGACAUAAAAUAGCAAGAUAAAUGGUUUCUGGUAAAUGUCCCCAUGUGUUUAUGGAGACAGAUGAUUAAGGA